AUGAGCGUCGCAGCGACAGCUGCGGUGCCCACGCACCGGCGAUCAUCGCCGACUUAUUUCUUCACUUUUGGCGACUCAUACUCGAUGACAAGUUUCAAUGUCGAAGGCACACAGCCAUCAGCUUCGGACCCAAUGGGAAACCCUGCGCUCGGAACUGGUGCUACUGGAGGUGGCAUCAAUUGGAUUGGAUACCUGACCACUGCAGACAAUGCCUCUCUCGUUCUAAGCUACAACUUGGCUAUAGGCGGUGCGACUAUUGACAACGCUAUUCUUAAUUCUGGAUAUCCGGACAUGACCAGUCAAGUUGCCACAUUUCAAGGAAACUACAGCACUAAGCCCGCUACUGCGCCCUGGGCUUCUUCUGAUUCUGUCUUUGGCUUCUGGAUUGGAAUUAAUGAUGUUGGUUGGGGCUUCGGAGGCUACAACGCCAGCGUCCUCGUACCGACGCUCAUGGCUCAGUACAGGUCACUCAUCGAAGAAAUCUAUGCGGAUGGCGGGCGCAAAUUCCUAUUUUUGAAUGUUCCCCCAGCAAGUCGGAGUCCAUAUAUCCUCGACCAAGGAGAGAGUGUCUCACAACAACAUGCCGCAUGGACUACUGCGUAUAACAACGGCCUUGCCAAAAUGCGCGCUGAAUUCAAGGCAGCUCAUCAUGAUGUCGAGACUGUUCUCUACGACUCUUGGAGUUUCAUGACCAAGAUUUUGGAUCAUCCCCAGAAAUACGGAUAUCCUAACGCUACUUGUAUCAAUGAUGAUGGAGAGAGUUGUGUCUGGUGGAAUAACUACCACCCUGGACAGAAGUACCAUAGAUUGCAAGCGGCAGAUAUGAAGGGGGCCCUACAUCCCUUUGGGGCGUGGUAG